GCCUGGCGCGCGCCGGCCGGGCCGCACCGCUGCGGGCUCCGCGCGCGCGGGCCAUGUCCGCCUUCUGCCUGGGCUUGGCCGGCCGCGCUUCAGCACCCGCCGAGCCGGACAGCGCCUGCUGCAUGGAGCUGCCCGCCGCGGUCGCGGACGCAGUCGGGAGUCCAGCCGCCACUGCCCUCGUCUCCUUCCCCGGGGGCCCCGGGGAGCUGGAACUGGCGUUAGAGGAGGAGCUGGCGCUGCUGGCGGCCGGGGAACGGCCGUCCGACCCCGGGGAGCAUUCUCAGGCCGAGGUCGGGCCUCCGGCCGAGGGGUCCGGACUGCAGCCGCCACCCGCCCAGGAUCCCGAGCUGCUGUCGGUGAUCCGGCAAAAGGAGAAGGAUCUGGUGUUGGCGGCCCGGCUGGGCAAGGCGCUGCUCGAGAGGAACCAGGACAUGAGCCGGCAGUACGAGCAGAUGCACAAGGAGCUGACAGACAAGCUGGAGCACUUAGAACAAGAGAAACACGAACUAAGAAGACGAUUUGAGAACCGAGAAGGGGAAUGGGAAGGGCGUGUGUCAGAGCUGGAGAGUGAUGUGAAACAACUUCAGGAUGAGUUGGAGAGGCAGCAGGUUCAUCUACGGGAAGCAGAUCGAGAAAAAACACGGGCUGUCCAGGAAUUAUCAGAACAGAACCAGAGGUUAUUGGAUCAACUCAGCAGAGCAUCAGAAGUUGAGAGACAACUCUCCAUGCAAGUCCAUGCCCUCAGAGAAGACUUUCGGGAGAAAAACUCAUCAACCAACCAGCACAUCAUCAGGCUUGAAAGCCUUCAGGCUGAGCAGGUUCUUGAAAUCAAGAUGCUGUCGGAUCGGAAACGGGAGCUGGAACAUCGUCUCAGGACCACCUUAGAGGAGAACGACCUGCUCCAGGGGACUGUGGAGGAGCUCCAGGACCGGGUGCUGAUCCUGGAGAGGCAAGGCCAUGACAAAGACCUACAGCUGCAUCAGAGCCAGCUGGAGCUCCAGGAGGCGCGGCUCUCCUCCCGACAGCUGCAGGUGAAGGUGGAAGAGCUCACGGAGGAGAGGAGCCUGCACAGUUCCGCCGCCACCAGCACGUCUCUCCUGUCCGAGAUAGAGCAGAGCAUGGAGGCUGAGGAGCUGGAGCAAGAGAGAGAGCAGCUGAGACUGCAGCUCUGGGAGGCCUACUGCCAGGUUCGCUACCUCUGCGCGCACCUCCGAGGGAACGACAGUGCCGACUCGGCCGUCUCCACGGACUCCUCAAUGGACGAGUCUUCAGAAACUUCAUCCGCCAAGGAUGUGCCGGCUGGCAGCUUGCGCACGGCCCUGAGCGAGCUCAAGAGGCUGAUACAGAGCAUUGUGGAUGGCAUGGAGCCCACGAGCUCCCGGAGAAUUGACGAUGACUCCUUAGAAGAACAGAUAAGGCAGACCAGUGAGGACUCGAGAGCCCUAAGGGAACUCAUGGAGGGAGAGAGGGGUAAACUGAGGCAAAGCCUAGAGGAGCUACAGCAACUCCACAGUCAGGUGACGUUGCUGAGUGUCGAGAUGACUGCCCUGAAGGAGGAGAGAGACCGACUCAGAGUGACGUCCGAGGCCAAGGAGCCAAAGGAGCAGCUUCAGAAGGCCGUCCGGGACCGCGACGAGGCUAUUGCAAAGAAGAAUGCUGUGGAGUUGGAACUCGCCAAGUGCAAGAUGGACAUGAUGUCUCUGAACAGCCAGUUGCUGGAUGCCAUUCAGCAGAAACUGAACCUCUCGCAGCAGCUUGAGGCUUGGCAGGAUGACAUGCACAGGGUCAUUGACCGGCAGCUGAUGGACACGCACCUGAAGGAACGGAGCCGGCCUGCUGCCGCCCUGUCCAGGGCCCACGGCGCGGGGCGUGCGGACGAGCCCGGCCCCGCCGAAGGCAAGCGGCUCUUCUCAUUCUUCAGGAAAAUUUAGGUCAGGAGGAGUCAGGCCAGCAAGGAUGGGUGGACUAGAGGUGACUGAAACGGGGUGCGUGCGAGGGCUCAGCACACCAUGCUUGUACACGAGGGCUCCCCUGGGCCAGCUC